CCAAGAUGGCGCGAAAGUUCCAAAACAAACUAUGAUCAUGACUGCAAGAUGUCUCUGUCCAAUUUCGGCCCACGCAACCGCUCUCUGAAGCAACAUCCGUGGAUCGUUAAUUGUAUUUGUAGCCCAACACGACAACACAAAGGUCAAACCGUUGAUGUAAUUAGACAUGUAGAGACUCGGGCUGAUGGCAGUUUGGUUCGGGAGGUGACAGAUGGACAGGUCAUCAUACGGGCAGUAUUCUCAACAGAGGCCGUGCAGAAUUUUAGAGCAGAACUGGAAGAUUCUGACAGUUGUCCAGUGGAAUGGAACCAGGCCCUGCUUUUGGUUAUCAAGUAUCGUGCAGAAUUCAGACCACACAGGAACCUGGCCCAGUGUGAGUUUGUACUCCAUAUUGACCUCUUCAGACUCUGGGAUCUCAAGGAAGGCUUCUUCAGGAAACGACGUCUGGUCUACAGUGAUGAAGAUGCAAGAAUACAAAAGAAAACGAAAGAAUUAUGGGAAGAAAAACAAAUUGAAUGGCAGAUAGAAGAAGAAAAGAAAAAUUCCAAACCAACAGAAUCUUGUCCAUCACAACAGAAUGAAUCCACUGUUAGUGUGUCCCUUACUCAACUACUGCAGGAAAUGGCUAAAGAUGCUGACAAUGCACCAACGCCACAGGAUUCAGCAGCUGACAAGCAGGGGACACAAAUUAUGAUGACCAGACAGAAUUCGGAAGAUGUAACAGUCCAGCAUUAUACUCAACACAAAACAGUUAAACAAGACAAUGAGAAAGAAUUGGCGGGGAAAGAGGAGGACAAGACAGUCCACAGGAAACAGGACGAAACUACGAAGCAAGCAACACAGAGAGGUACAGAUGCAGUUUGUGAAGGCUCUGAUACCCAGGAUCUCAGAAGGCCCUUUGUUAUUUCUGAGCUUUUAAUACCGGAAGAAGAAAAACUUAUUUUAGAGGAAAUUGCAGAAUGGAAGGAAGGCUACAUGCCGGAAAGAAGUGUAACUACCAGUUCCGAGGAGGCUGGUUCCGGUGAAAGAGUUGAAAGCUAUGUGCCACACACAAUGGUCGAUGAUAUUUCUAGCAUUGAGACAGCUGGUCAGCCUUCACCACCAAAAACAGGAAGAAGUGAAUUUGAACCAAAGGAAAGGGCAGAUAAUCAGGAAAAAUCUGAGGUUUCCUGUGUACCACAGACAUCUCCAGAAGAAGGGUCAGGUUCUGGCAGUCCUCAGCAAGCUGGAAAGUCUACCUCACCUAAAAAAGGGCGUGAAUUUUCUACGAAACAAAACAUCUCCAAGGCACCAAAUUUACCUUUGACUGAAAAUGACACUGCAUUAGGUAAAACAGUGAACUUAUGUACAGGUGUUACAAAUUCUCAACUAGAAAAUACCCCUACCAAAACACAGAGUUCAAAUGACAGCUCGAAUAAUUCAGGACCAUUUCAGGUAUGUGAUUUCCUUGAAUCACAGGGAUUUAUACCAUGUCUAUCCGAAGAGAAAGGACCCAACAGUACCUCUGAUACAAGCAGAGAAGGUGUCACCAACAUUGCUAAUGUAGUGUCAAGCCCAGAAUCCAAUAAGUCUUUGGAAGCUUUAGAAAUGGAAGAAGAGAGGAGAUUAGAGAAAGCUGGCCACGCCUAGUAAAGGUUUCUGUGGGUACAAGGUAGAAACGGCAGUAAGAAUUGUAAAUGACCAACAACAGUCAAAUUCAGAAGGAGAUACCCACCGCACAAAAAGUUAUGCAUUCCCGUCUGAGGAUGAAACUGGUUCAUUAAAACAAAAAUCUGUGGGCAAAAAAAAAACAAGAGAAGAAACACCGUACUCUUCAUCACAAACAGACAGUGAACCUGACUCUCAAGUAAAAAAGAGGCCGCGUCUUGCAUUCUCUGUGGUGAAACAAAAAGGUGGUAAUUUUUCGUCGCCAGGCAGCAACAAAAACAGAACUUUGAUAGGUAAUGAUAUUUCAAGCCAGCCGAAUCUAAAUGAAGAGGCAUUAGUGACAAUUCAGAGUUCCCCUGAGUCACCGGGAGUGGACCAAGUCACCAAUAGCAGCAUCUCUAAGGGGACGGAUGUCAACCUGCAGCACAUUUCAGCUGCUGAAGCAGCAUCCGCUAACAGCUCUGUCAGCGAGGCCAUCCUUAUUAACAGUAGCCAAGACAGUACAUCGUCUGGGAAUAGCCCCUCAGUCUUAACAUGUACACAUAGAAGGAAGGAUGAAAAUCAGAGUGAUUUGGCGUCUUCCCUACCAUCAUAUCAACCACAAAAUAGCAAAUCACAAGACAGAUCUCUCCCAUCUGCUAGCCAAUCACAGAACCUGUCUCUGCAGACACACUCUAGCCAAUCACAGAACUCGUCUCUCCCACUGAUGGACACCUCCCAUACAGACAAGGCCAAGCUACUUGGUUCACUUACAGACAUGACUGCACUGACAGACCCGGGACAAAAGCUGCUGGACUUGAAAUUUUGUGACAGACUGUUAAAUCAGAUUGUCGAUUUCUACACACACAAGUAGACAUCUCGUCUUUAAUUAACAGGCUCUGGUGGCCUGUGUCGAGGCCAGGGAUAACCUACAGAUCGUCACAGAAUUGGAGACAAAGUUUGGACUUAAACUUAAAAGGUCAAUUUCUUCAGCUUAAACACACCGCACACCAGGCACUAAAUAGAUGUGAUUUAAUUUCAAUGCAACAUAUUGAGACAAUGUUUAGAUAUUGGUUGUUAAGAUUGUAUUCAUUUAUUUAUUUUUUUUUUUUAUUUUUUUUUAUUGAAGUAUGUGUGAAUCAUAAAGAUAUCAAAUUUGUGAGAUGAAUGAAAUACCUACAUUAUGAUAUACUGAUAGACUGACUGUCAUAAUACUAAAAUAUUAAUUUGAAGAAAUAGUAUCCUUGUGCAUAAAUAUUCAUGUGACACCGACUUAUGGCUUUUACAUCAUUUUAACAAACACAAUGAAAUAUACAAAAAUAUUACUUACUUCAGCUAUACAUGUAUAUAUUAUGAGAACAAGAAAAAUGGCAUAUUUAUUGAGAGUUUUCCAUCAAUGAAUGCAGAACACAAGGUCACUUCUCAUUGGCAUUAGUGAUAUACUGAAAACGGACAUAUUUUAGUUGUUAUUUUAUUUCAGCGCAUUUUACACUGGAAUCAUAAUGCUAAAUUAUGAUUGCCCUUAAUGCACUUUCUUUAUACUGUUUCUGUAUACAUUGAUCUUAUUGCAGCAAUUUACAAAUGCGCUAAACUGUUAAAAUUCAGAAAUACACUAAAACUUGAGUACGCCAAAUGAAGUAUGUUAACAGUAUUUUAAGUUGAAGGGUUGGUAGCAUUUUUGUGAUAGUAUUGUUUUCUAUUUAAAUGAGUUACCUUGACAAAAUUCAAAGGUUCCAUCAGAAAUUGAAAAUAAUAUAAAUUAUUAUGGAAAUGAAGAGUAGUUCCACAUUUCAGAUAUCCCAUGGCCAUAAUGUCAAAGUUAGAAAAACACAUGAAUACCACUGGAGUGUAUACGUAUUAUUAACCAAUUUUGGACAUCUAGUUUAAAAAUGCCAACUUUUUUUUAGUUUUUGGGAAUAUGAUUGAUUUCACUAUGUUUUGCCAUAUAUAUAUAUAUAUGCAUGUAUUACCUAUAAAAUUACUGACAUCAAACAAAUUUCAAAGCAUGUUUGAAAUAGCAAAAAUUCGAGCCCAUUGGAAAUAUUGGGUUAUUGUCAGUAUAUUAUUUUAUUACAAUUAAAUUUUUUUUUACAAAAACAGAAGGUCCAAAAUUGGAGAACCUUGUCUGACUCCAGAGGGAAUUAAAAGAAAAAACUUAAUAAAACAUUCAGUGCCAACCCCAGAAUAUUUUUUAUGGAUUUCUUGAAAUGUUUGUUAUGCAGUUGUUUGCUAUAGUUAAACAAUUAUUUUCAAAUAUAAUAAACUACUGUUAAUGAUU